ACGAUGGCCCGGCGAUGGGUUACGUGGCAUUGAGUCGCUGCGCAUGCGCAGUGCGCGUUUCACCGGCAGUGUCAAGAUGGCGGCAGUCAGAAUGCAGUUUACACUUUAUUUGGUGUUGUUGUUAAACAUUUACAACAGUUUUGUGUCUGCGUUGUAUUUUCAUAUCGGCGAGACUGAAAAGAAAUGCUUCAUAGAAGAAAUACCGGACGAAACCAUGAUAAUAGGUAACUACCGAACGCAGCUCUAUGACAAGCAGAAAGAAGAGUAUUUGCCUGCAACUCAAGGACUUGGGAUGUUUGUGGAAGUGAAAGAUCCCGAUGAGAAGGUGAUCCUGUCCCGCCAGUAUGGAUCUGAG